GGGCAGGGCCAGGAGCCACAUGCCCGCUCUCUCGGUGGUAGUUUUAUGGUGGCCUGUCUACUUUCUUACAGGUAAAUGCUUAUCACAUUCCACGCCCAGGCCGACCGAGAAAGCAGGGAAAUAAGGGUGAACGCACACACUCUCCCGCCCACGCACGCACGAGCCCACUCUGCUCUCCUGAGGACUCCCGCCUCGCCAUGAUCCGCUACUCCCAGCACGUUACAGACGUCGCGUUUGGCACCUUCGGCAGGCAGCUCCUACGAUGGCGCGGAAGCGUGUACAAGAUGGUGUGGAAGGAUAUGCUGGUAUACAUCCUCCUAUACGCUAGUUUAUCUUUCAUCUAUAGGUUUGGGCUCACAGAUGAUCAAAAAAGGGACUUCGAGAAGGUGUCCAAGCACUGCGGUCUUUUCCGGAACCUGAUUCCCAUCUCGUUCGUGCUGGGUUUCUACGUGUCGCUGGUGGUGAGCCGCUGGUGGGGCAUGUACCUCAGCAUCCCCUGGCCGGACACGUGCUGCAUCCUCCUGUCCACGCACGUCCACGGCCAGGACGCCAUCGGCAGGAUGCUGCGCUGCACGGUGGUCCGCUACCUCAACCUGGCCUUCGUCAUGACCUUCGCCAUGGUGGCCCCGGGCGUCAAGAAGAACUUCCCGACGCUGCAGCAGCUCGUGGAGGCCGGCUACCUGACGGCCAACGAGCGUGAGAUCCUGGAGAAUAUGGAGAAGAAGACGGCCGUGCACAAGACGUGGGUGCCGUUUAUGUGGGCGUGCAAGACUGUGGAACGGGCGAGGCGCGAGGGGCGCGUCAAGGACGACGUCACGCAGAAGACGCUCACGGACGAGAUCAUUCGUCUGCGCGGAUGCUGCGGCGACAUCUUGGGUUGGGACGAGUACAACAUACCUCUGGUGUACACGCAGGUUGUGACCAUCGCCGUGUACUCCUUCUUCCUGUUUUCCGUGAUCGGCGAGCAGUUCCUGGACCCGAUGCACACCGAUCAGAUCAUCGACCUGUAUGUGCCCGUGUUCACGCUGCUCCAGUUCUUCUUCUACAUUGGCUGGCUCAAGGUCGCUGAAUCACUCAUCAAUCCAUUCGGCGAGGACGACCACGACUUCGAAUUCGUCGCUCUCGUCAAGAGACAUCUCGAGAUGUCGUAUCUCCUGGCCGACCCGCAGGCCGACGAGCACCCGAACAUGCUGCAGGACGAGUACUGGAGCUCCGUCGAAGAGAAGGCGGAGGUGGCUAACGCGGGCGUCUGCCUGGCCAACCACAGCUUCUCAAUGGCCGCGGAGGUAGUGGAGGUGUGAGAAAUGUUCGGUUGAGUUGAGCUCGAAUCCCCCGACCCCCGCCCUCGAGGACGCUUCAGCCCACGACCUUACUCGACGUCUUCGCCGAGAAGAACCCUGAACUCUCCUCUGCUUCCGAGGCGCACCAGCUCUUCGGAUGUGGCGUGGAAAACCUGUGGUAAAGAUGAGACGCCAAAGGGCAGCCAUAACAUCCUUCAAGUGUUCACUUCUACUUGAAAACAAGGUUGACAGGGAAUUCUAGCUCACGCCGCCAUGUUCUUUUCUAAGCUACCUCACUAUGGCCUGUUUUAGCUGUAAUUGAUGUAGUAGAAUACGUCCAUUGCUGUAUUUUAGCUUUAUUGAUAUAAAUCUGCGAGCCAGAAAGGAAUAUGCUUAUAUUUAAGAACUUAGAAUUAUUGGCGAUGAUAUAUAAAAAAAGCUUAGGACGUAAUCUAUAGUAUCGUGUCUGGUGUGACCUGGAUUAGGAGGUUAAGUGAUGGGAGUGAAAAGCUGUGGAAAAAAAUCCUUUUGAUACAUAGAUAUUCAUGUAAAUAAAUAUCAUAGGCUGUAGAAAUGUUUCUGUGUCGUGAAGUAACUGCAGUUAAUGUACUAACAACACACACACAUAUAUAUAUAUAUAUAUAUAUAUAUAUAUACAUAUAUAUAUAUACAUA